AUGCCGAACCUCAAUGAACAACUUCUGCCUCUUCUGCCCAUCUUCAAGCAGUUGUCACAGCAGAGCUCAUCCCUGCACCUUCCCAAAGACCCAGUGAGAUGCCACUCGAAGAAGGAAGCGGCUAAAUCUGCUCCAGCCCCGGAGCCACCCAGAGAGCCUGCCUUCGAUCCCAAGAGCGUGAAGAUUGAGUUCACUGCAGAGCAGAUCGAAGAGUUCAAAGAAUCCUUCAGCCUGUUUGACCGGACGCCCACGGGAGCCAUGCAGAUCACCUACGCGCAGUGCGGCGACGUCCUGCGGGCGCUCGGCCACAACCCCACCAACGCCGAGGUCCUGAAGGUGCUGGGCAAGCCCAAACCAGAAGAAAUGAACACAAAGACGCUGGACUUUGAGACCUUCCUCCCCAUCCUGCAGCACUUCACCCGCAACAAGGAGCAGGGCACCUUCGAGGACUUUGUGGAAGGGCUACGCGUCUUCGACAAGGAGGGCAACGGCAUGGUGAUGGGGGCCGAGCUGCGCCACGUGCUGGUCACGCUGGGGGAGAAGAUGACGGAAAGCGAGGUGGAGCAGCUCAUGGCAGGGCAAGAAGAUGCCAACGGCUGUAUCAACUACGAAGCUUUUGUCAAGCACAUCAUGUCUGGCUGAAAGAAGACACUUCAGGU